AAGGAGGUAGAGAAAUAUCAAAAAUGGAAGCUCAAGCCUGAGAACUCAGACAGACUACUACCGAAGAAGAAAAGAAAGAAAGCACAUAGAUAGUAGCAAGUUACAGAGAAUAAGCAUGAGUGGUCUGGCUUCAGCUCCAACAUCCACUUCUACUUUCCCCUCGAUUCAACAAUCUAAGAUCCAAAGCAGGCGUUGUAUUAAGCCUUGUAACUCUGCUGUGAUUCCUAGUACCAAGUUAUGUCCCUCAGAUCUCGGUCGUACAAGUUUUAGCUUUGGUGGCACCGGAGUGAUUCGGAGACGCAGUGUUAUCUCCGGAAGUAGCACCGGACCUGGGGCUCCUGGUUCAGGAGAUAAUGAAAGCAGGAAUGUGCUGGAUGCUUUUUUCUUGGGAAAGGCUCUAGCUGAAGCAUUGAAUGAGCGAAUUGAGUCCACCAUUGGUGAGUUUUUGAGUGUUGUUGGUAGGUUGCAGGCCGAGCAACAGAAGCAAGUGCAGGAUUUCCAGGAGGAGGUGUUCGAAAGGGCAAAAAGAGCCAAAGAGAAAGCCGCGCGCGAGGCAUUGGAGGCACAAGGGCUGAUUCCUACAUCAGUAGGCCAAGGCGCUGCACACAAUGGUGCUGCAUCUAAAGUUUCACCCUCAACCACCAAUGAUGGAGCUUCUGCCACCCCUGUUGCUAAUACAGACCCUGGUCCAGAAUCCAACUAGAAAUGAAUGAUGCCGAUUGCCAAGUAUUUGCAUAUGUACCUCCUACUCAUUAUCAGAUACAAAACAAUAGAUUUAUAUAGUACCAAAUAAAUAUGUAAGGAGUAUGACCCUUUUCUAUUAAA